AUGGGAAAAUCUCAGUCUAAGCUUUCCCAAGAGCAGCUCGUUGAGCUGCAAAAGUCGACUCACUUUGACAAGAAGGAGCUGCAGCAAUGGUAUAAGGGCUUCCUCAAGGACUGCCCCUCCGGCCUGCUCAGUAAACAAGAGUUUCAAAAGAUUUACCGCCAGUUUUUCCCGUUUGGCGACCCCAGUUCCUUUGCCGACUAUGUCUUCAACGUCUUUGACAGCGACCGCUCUGGCACUAUUGACUUCAAGGAGUUCAUCUGCGCCCUCAGCGUUACCAGCCGUGGCAAGAUGGAGGACAAGCUUGACUGGGCCUUUCAGCUCUACGACAUUGACCGCGACGGCAAGAUAACUUACGACGAAAUGCUUCAAAUCGUUGAAGCCAUCUACAAAAUGGUCGGGUCAAUGGUCAAGCUUCCUGAGGACGAAGAUACCCCUGAGAAGCGCGUCCGUAAAAUCUUCCGCAUGAUGGACAAGGAUGAGAACGGCAGCUUGGAUAUCGAAGAGUUCAAGGAGGGCAGCAAACGCGACGAGACCAUUGUCUCGGCCCUGUCCCUCUACGACGGGCUCGUGUAA